CCGAAACAGUCACAGUUUAACACUCACUUUGAGAAAGUCGUUAUACUAUUAAAUAUUAGACGUUGUAUAUCAGACAUCGAAGACAACUGUGUAAAUCUUCAUCAGUUAGAAUUUAAUUACAAUUAUAUUUGAUACACGUAACAUCCUCGACAUUGGUGAUCAAGAUCGCAAUAAUAUAAAUUAUAACGAAGAAAACAGAAUACGUGCGAGUGUGUGAAAAUAUACAGGAUUGAUAAUGGCUUCUUCAGAAACAGAGAAACCAUCCUUAAAAAAGUCAGAGAGCAUAAUGAAAAAAACAACCAUUUGUCAUUGUCGAUCAAAAGUGAAUAUUAACAAAUUCGAAUAUAAAUGGUGUUUUGCUCAGUUUUCAAAAAUGUCCAAAUCUUUAACUACUUUCUUAGCUAGUGGAAUUACUGAUUGUUACCAAGCUUUUACUCUUAAUAUGUCUUUUGAUAAGAAAAAUAAUAUGAUGUACUUUCAUUCCUGGCUUAUGACUGAACGGGAAAAAAUUAAAGUUAAUUAUUAUAUUUAUAUAAAACAUUUUAGAGGAGGAAUAUUAAAUCCGUGUGAGGUAGAUGACACUUAUUUAACGCAAAACAAAAUCAUAUAUGAAAUAUCUCUUAACGAUGUUUACAAAUCUAAGUAUUUAUGUGAUGACACGCUUACAGUAUGCUUUCAUUUCGAAAUAAUCGAAAGUAUAUUGCACCACAUUAUGCAAGAAACUAUAGAUGAAACAGAAAAAUCUGCAAUAAAUAAAUUUGCUUUAGAUAAAAGAUCGGGAUCAAAAGUUGAAUUUGUGAUUUGUGAAUUUGGCAAGGAGAAGCAAUCUCUUUUUAUAGACAAGGGUUUACUAUGUUCAAAAAGUAAUGUCUUUGAAAUUAUGCUUAACACUGAAAAAGUACUGCGAAAAUAUAAGGGCGAUGUGAUAGAAAUAAGCAACAUAAAGUAUGAUGUUUAUAAACAUUUUAUAUCCUAUUUAGAAACUGAUAAUCUAGAUAGUCUAAGUAAUCUAGGUAGUCUAAAUGAUGCAAAAGUCUAUACUAGGAAUCGAGUAUUUCGUGAGCAUGACUACACAAAAUACCGACAAACAUUAUAUGAUCUCAUUGUGCUAGCUAAUAAAUAUAACAUACAAGAUCUUCUGUUAUCAUGUGAAAAGAUUUUAAUAAAAACCAUGUACAGAUUAGACGUUAUAGAUGAUUUGGAGUUUGCGCAUUUAAACAGCGCACAAUUUCUAGAGAAAUAUGCCAUAAAAUUUAUCAAAUUACACGAAGAUGAUUUUGCAGAAAUGGGUGGCUUUCGAAGACUAAUCCAAAAUUAUCCCAAGUUAUUAAUAAAGAUCAAGGAAGAAAAUGUGGAGUGUAGAGAAAUGCCUUUUAAAAUUCAUGACGACGAUCCAGAUUUUAUACAAGCUAUAUUUAAUUGUUAAACAAUCUCAAUUUACUAGCAAUUAGAUUAUUUUUAAUAAAAUAAAUUAAAAAUAUUAAAAAAUAUGUUAAAUGUAUCAAAUUUAUUCGAAAAAAAUAAAUUUUUGUAAUUAUGUAUAAUCAUAAUUAAAUCCGAAAUUUGGCGCGAUAUGGUCUUAUCUCUUUAUAUAAACAUAAAAAAUAUAGCUUGUAUACAACAGCUUUUAAAAUGCUUGUUUUUGCGCGAUAUUCAAGAAGAGAAAAAUAUAAUUUUCUUAAUUAAUGAUAUCAUAUUUUUUAAUAUAUUUAAUAAUAAAAGUCUUUUGUAGUGAAUGCCAUUUUUAGUUUUGUGAGGAGAAAAUAUAGUAAAAAUGUAUUCUGUGCCAUAUUGGUGAUUUCGUUCUAGCUAUUAUUUAACAACAGACGAUUUAAUGUGUAUCUAUGUAUAUUGUGUAAGCGUUAUUUCUUUUUCUAGAAAUGACAAUAUACAUUUAUAUAUAUAAUAUUAUCAAUAUAAUAUAAAAUAAAAUUAGAUAUAUUCCUUCGUAUUUGUUCAAUGUUUAAUGUGUGUAUUAUGAUACUUUUCAAAAUAUAUAUGAUUAACAUUUA